GUGCUGUCUACCGUCCUCCUGAUGAAUCCUCUGUCGUGAUACUCCCCCGCUGCACAGCGACAUACCGGCAUUGUCAUCUGCUGUGUGACCGGCGGCGCAAAACAAAUAUUAUACCGACCAGUUCUAUCGUCAUUUGUCGUCGCGCCGUUUUGUAUGCACCGUGGAUUUCUAAAGACCGAGCUUAUCGCGGGUAAUAUCAACAAACGGACUGCUUGAUUGUAGUCUGUCGCGGCAGCAUGGAUCCCAUGACUUCGUCUGCAGGAUCGCACACACCGGGUCCUUUGCGCGUUACUCCUAAAGGUCGAUUAUCCCAGACUUCAUGGCAUGAAUUGGUGGACUCGAAAUAUGACGUGAUGGUUCCUCGGAUCGGGUCGCGGAAUUUGGACCCAUGGGUGGAAUUGGGUAUGAACCAGUUACCGGGCCCAAGUCUGCUAUACGAAGACGACGAAUCGCCUGCCCUUCCGCCACCCUCCUAUCAUGACGCCGUACACGAUCUUCCUCCAGAAUACUCCGCUCUUGUACCGUUAACCCAGCAGAAAUGCUUCGUCCAUGACUCCGCUCCCUCGAGACCCUCGAGACCCUCGAAACCCAGAUCCGCGUUCAUUGUCGACUUCAAACCGUCCUCCGGAAUUCGCGAACACAAAGGCGGCAAGAAGGUCAAGAAGAAGCCAGUCCAAUACUCCGCGCCGCAGGAAACACCACCACCGAAUGAACAACCACCCCCGGACGAUGGGAAAGGCGGCGACGCAGGUGGUGCGGGCGAUGGAAACGGAGACGAUGGCGCAGGCGGUGAUGGCGGGGGAGGCGACGAUGACGAUGAAUGGGGCCUGACCGCGACCGCCAGGAAAAAGAACAAGAAGAAGAAGAAAGAGGAAGAAGAGCGUUUGAAACAGGAGGAGGAAGAGCGGCAAGCGAAAGAGGAGGAGGAGAGAAAGGCCAAAGAAGAGGAAGAAAAGAAAGCCGCAGAAGAGGCCGCCGCUGGAAAGAAGAAAAAGAAGGACAGGGUUACUACACUGGCGGAACCUGAACAACCUCCGGAUUCCUUUCAGGAUGUCAAUCUGAAUGAAAGCCAGCCGCAGCGCGACACUGGCUCGGACGCUCCUGCGACACAAUCAAAAGGCUUCAGUCUUGGUGGUUGGGCUGGUAGUUGGCUUACUGGUAAGAGCUCUAAAGAGGACAGCAACAGUAACCACUGGUCUUCUGGCGCCGAAAAUGAUACUCCGAAGAGGACGCCAGGAGGGUUUGAUUUCGGCAACCUUGAACAGCCUGUGAACGAUGCUCCGGAAGCAAAACAGACCGAGGACGACUGGGGCGCCUUUGUCACGACCAAGAAGGACAAGAAGAAGAAAGACACCAUCGUGGAAGAGCCCUCAAAAGAACAGGAACCUGAGCCUGAACCCGAGCCUGCGCCUCCAGCUCCAGAACCUGAACCAGAGCCCGAACCAGAGCCUGCUCCCGAGGCACCACCCGCAGAGGAGGAAGAGCCUGAGGAUAGCUCAUGGGGCUGGGGUCUCGGACUCUUGAAGAAGGACAAGAAGAAGACGAAGAGGGAAUCCAAGAUGGAGGUGCCUCCACCUGCCCCCGAACCUAUCCCUGAAGAACCUAUCGAAGAGAACGCUGAGAAGGCCAACGCCUGGGAUCCACCGGUCAAGAAGAAAGAGAAGAAGAAAACGAGUCCUCUUGAUAUCCUACUUGGUGCAACAUCCUCGUCUGCGUUGAAUCGUCCACUGGCACCCAAGGUUGCUGGCCCGGACGACGACUGGUCGAGCGCUUGGACUUCGUCGAGUAAUCAGAAAGUGGGCAUGAGGGGGGUUACGAGGGGUUAUGUUAUCGACGAACAUCCGACCGUCGAAGAGCCUCCACCGGCACCCGAACCACCACCAGCGGUGCAAGAAGAAGACGGUGGCUGGUCAGCAUGGGAUCCCCCUAAGGAAAAAAGGAAGAAGAAGAGCAGAUUCGAGCCAGAGCCCGAACCUGAACCGGAAGAACCUGCUCCUGAGCCCGAGCCCGAGCCAGAACCUGAACCGCCAGCGCCUACGUUACCGGAUGAUCCUCUUUACGACAACUGGGACGAUCUUUCAAGCAAGGAUAGGAAAAGGCGUGAGAAGUCACUGAAAAGGAGAGCUCUCCCAAUUCCUGGUAUAGAUUUCGAAUGGCCACCACCUGCGCCCGCGCCUCCAGAGGAACCGGAGCCUGAACCUGAACCAGAGCCCGAGCCCGAGCCCGAGCCCGAGCCAGAACCAGCACCAGAACCGGAGCCAGAGCCAGAACCAGAACCAGCGCCCACAUUACCGGAUGACCCCCUCUAUGAUAACUGGGAUGACUUAUCCAGCAAGGAUAAGAAGCGACGUGAAAAGUCACUGAAAAGGAGAGGUCUCCCAAUCCCCGGAAUCGACUUUGAAUGGCCACCACCACCGCCUCCUCCUCCAGCGGAACUUGAACCUGAACCUGAACCUGAACCUGAACCCGUACCCGAACCCGAACCCGAGCCAGAGCCUGUGCCAGAGCCAGAACUAGAACCAGCACCAGCGCCCACUUUGCCAAACAACCCUCUUUAUGACAAUUGGGAUAAUCUGUCAAGUUAUAACAAGAGUAGGCGUGAAAAGGUUAUGAAGAGGAAAGGCCUUCCAGUGCCAGGAGUAGAUUUUGAAUGGCCACCACCACCACCACCACCUCCUCCUCCAGCGGAACCUGAGCCGGAGCCUGAACCUGAACCUGAACCCGAAUCAGAGCCUGAACCAGCACCAACACCCACAUUGCCAAACAACCCUCUCUAUGACAACUGGGACAAUCUCUCAAGCUAUGACAAGAGGCGGCGUGAAAAGGUGAUGAAAAGGAUAGGCCUCCCAGUACCAGCAAUAGACUUUGAAUGGCCACCACCGCCUCCUCCAGCAGAGCCCGAGCCAGAACCAGCACCAGAACCGGAGCCAGAGCCAGAGCCAGAGCCAGAACCAGAACCAGAACCAGAACCAGCGCCCACUUUGCCAGACAACCCUCUUUAUGACAAUUGGGACAAUCUGUCAAGUUAUGACAAGAAAAGGCGUGAAAAGGUGAUGCAAAGGAAAGGCCUUCCGAUACCAGGAGUAAACUUUGAGUGGCCGCCUCCUCCCCCAGCAGAACCUGAACCAGAACCUAAGCCGGAGCCAGAGCCUCCAGCGCUCACUUUGCCAGACAACCCUCUUUAUGACAAUUGGGACAAUCUGUCAAGUUAUGACAAGAAAAGGCGUGAAAAGGUGAUGCAAAGGAUAGGCCUUCCGAUACCAGGAGUAGACUUUGAGUGGCCGCCUCCUCCCCCAGCAGAACCUGAACCAGAACCUGAGCCAGAGCCUGAGCCUGAGCCUCCAGCGCCCACUUUGCCAGAUGAUUCUCUCUAUAAUAACUGGGACAACCUCAUGAGUACUGACAAGAGAAAGCGUGAGAGAUUGCUGAAAAAGAGGGGCCUCCCAGUUCCUGGAAUAGACUUUCAGUGGCCACCGCCUCCUCCAGCGGAACCUGAACCUGAACCUGGGCCUGAACCUGAACCUGAACCUGAACCUGAACCCCCGGCACCAACUUUACCAGACAAUCCUCUCUACAAUGACUGGGAUAACCUCAUGAGUACUGACAAAAGAAGGCGCGAGAGAUUACUGAAGAAGAGAGGUCUUCCAGUUCCUGGGGUAGAUUUUGAGUGGCCGCCGCCUGUCCCAGUGGAACCUGAGCCUGAGCCUGAGCCUGAAGUUCCUGAACCUGAGCCCGAGCCUGAGCCUGAAGUUCCUGAACCUGAGCCCGAGCCUGAGCCCGAGCCCCCAGCACCGACUUUACCAGAUAAUCCUCUCUAUGACAAUUGGGAUAAUAUCUCAAGCACUGACAAGAGGAGGCGUGAGAGAUCACUGAAGAAGAGAGGUCUUCCAGUCCCUGGGGUAGAUUUUGAGUGCACCGACUUUACCAGAUAACCCUCUCUAUGACAAUUGGGAUAAUAUCUCAAGUACUGACAAGAGGAGGCGUGAGAGAUCACUGAAGAAGAGGGGUCUUCCAGUCCCUGGGGUAGAUUUUGAGUGGCCGCCACCUCCAGCAAAUCCUGAGCCCGAACCAGAGCCAGAGCCCCCAGCACCAACUUUGCCAGAUGACCCUCUUUAUGAUAACUGGGAUAAUCUCUCAGGUAUUGAUAAGAGGAGGCGUGAGAGAUUACUGAAGAAGAGAGGUCUCCCAAUUCCUGGAGUGGAUUUUGAUUGGCCGCCUGUUGAACCUCCUCCAGCGGAACCUGAGCAUGAACC